CUUCUUAUAUAAGGCCGAGAGUGAAGAGCUGAGAGGUGCGGUACUGACCUGGAGGCGCUGAGAACUUCCCUCUCCCCUCCUGACCCAACCAACGCAGCAGCCCAGCAACCGCACUGAAUUAUAGCCGCCUCGGAAAAGCCUCUCUCGCAGUCACUUCAUAUGCAUGUGCAAGCUGGACAGUGAAUAAGGAAGACCAAAGAAAAACGGAUGCCUCUGAAUUGUGGUGUUGGCAAAGAAUAUUGAAUAUACCAUGGACUGCCAGAACGAACAAGUCUGUCUUGCAAGAAGUACAGCCAGAAUGCUCCUUAAAAACAAGGAUGACGAGACUUAAUCUCACAUACUUUGGACAUGUUAUUAGGAGGGACCGGUCCCUGGAGAAGGACAUCACACUUGUUAUGGAGAAAACUUGUACAGAUGCACUUCCUCUUACUAUGAAUUCUUCAGAAAAGCAAGAGACUGUAUGUAUUUUUGGAACUGGGGAUUUUGGAAGAUCAUUAGGAUUUAAAAUGCUCCAAUGUGGCUACUCUGUUGUCUUUGGAAGUCGAAACCCUCAGAUGUCCAGUCUGCUGCCUAGCAGUGCUGAGGUUUUAAGCUAUUCCGAAGCAGCCCAGAAAUCUGACAUCAUAAUCGUAACAAUCCAUAGAGAGCAUUAUGAUUUUCUCACAGAAUUAACUGAGGUUCUCAAUGGGAAAAUACUGGUCGACGUCAGCAACAACCUCAAAAUCAAUCAGUAUCCAGAAUCUAAUGCAGAGUACCUUGCUCAGUUGGUGCCAGGAACCCAUGUCGUGAAAGCAUUUAACACCAUCUCAGCCUGGGCUCUCCAGUCAGGAGCACUGGAUGCAAGCCGACAGGUAUUUGUCUGCGGAAAUGACAGCAAGGCUAAGCAAAGAGUGAUGGAUAUUGUUCGUACUCUCGGACUUACUCCAUUGGAUCAAGGAUCUCUCACGGCAGCUAAGGAAAUUGAAAACUACCCCCUGCAACUUUUUCCAAUGUGGAGGUUCCCCCUCUAUUUGUCUGCUGUGCUGUGUAUCUUCAUCUUUUCCUACUGUGUUAUAAGAGAAGUAAUCUACCCUUAUGUUUAUGAAAAGAAAGAUGAAACAUUUCGCAUGACUAUCUCCAUUCCAAACCGUGUCUUUCCAAUAGCAGCACUUACACUGCUUGCCUUGGUUUACCUCCCUGGUGUUAUUGCUGCCAUUCUGCAGCUGUAUCGAGGUACAAAAUAUCGUCGAUUCCCAGACUGGCUUGACCACUGGAUGCUUUGCAGAAAGCAGCUUGGAUUAGUAGCUCUGGGCUUCGCCUUCCUUCACGUCCUCUACACACUUGUGAUUCCCAUCCGCUAUUAUGUACGAUGGAGGCUGAGAAACAUAACCAUUACACAGGCAGCCAAUAAAGACAAUCCAUUCAGUACCUCUUCAGCCUGGGUUAGCGAUUCAUAUGUGGCUUUGGGGAUCCUCGGAUUUUUUCUGUUUGUGCUCUUGGGAAUCACUUCCUUGCCAUCAGUUAGCAACAUGGUCAACUGGAGAGAAUUCCGGUUUGUCCAGUCCAAACUGGGCUAUUUGACCCUGAUCUUGUGCACAGCCCACACAUUGGUGUAUGGGGGAAAGAGAUUCCUCAGCCCUUCAAUUCUCAGAUGGUGUCUUCCUUCAGCCUACGUGUUAGCACUCAUCAUUCCUUGCACGGUGCUGGUGAUCAAGUUUAUCCUCAUUAUGCCAUGUAUAGACAAGACCCUUACACGGAUCCGCCAGGGAUGGGAAAGAAACUCGAAAAUUUCAUCAUCGUUGAAUGGAAAAACAGAUAUUUAACGCAAAUUUCAAUUUUUCCAGAUUUCUGAACCACUGCAUUAAAUAUUUAGAGAAGAACAAUGGGUACAGUUAAGAAAGUUUUCUUCUCCCACCAUAGCCUGAAAUCUGUGAACUGAGAAGGAAACUUUGCCUUGACUUGAGAAAUCUGCAGACAGGAAGAGAACACCGGGCUUUAGCUCAGGUUAGUGAUAAAUGAAUCAGUGCAGGUCCCAACCUCUUUUCUCAGAGGUGUUAGAGUUGAGGUUGAGAUUAGCCUUGUGGUUUCACACUAAGAGGCUUCUUUGUUGUGUGUAACUUGCAUAACCUAACGUCUUGCAAAAUCCAGGAGAAUUACGGGUAACUUCCUUCUCUGAUUUGAGAACUGAGUGAAGUGAAAGACCAAACAGUAAGAUAUUGGCCACUGAUAAAGGCUUUAUUCUGUAUAUCUGAAGAAAAGAGGUAAAUGCAGUAAGAGGAAUGAAAUUUGUUUGUUUGCUUUUUGGAAGUAAAGAUGAUCAUAAAUACUGCCAUAAUAAAUUCUGUAGUUAAAUGUGCUCCUUGAUUUUUCUUUUACCAAGGUAGAUGUACACCCUGCAGAACUAUUUUACAACACAACAAAAAUAUCACGAUUGAGAGUAAGCAUACCUUGUGUAUAUGCAAAUCUAUACAGUUGGCAUAAUACUCUUCCUCUACAAGGAACAGGUGUAGGAAAGAUGAAUAAAAAUGGAGGAAUAUCACGUGAACUCAAUGUGCAGUAAGGGUGAAAAGUUGAUAAAAGUCCUUGCACAGAAAGUUCAAAUAACCCAGAAUCUAUUUAAAUAAUUCUAUACAAAUUGUUUGUCUCACACAAAAAAAGUUUAAAUAAACCAGAUGGGAAACUAAAUAAAUACUCUAAAUUUGUACUAUAUUAGAUUUGAUAUUACUUAGGUUUUUGCUUCAGUAUGUUUUAUAAAUUGUAUAUUCCAAAUAUAGUUCAAUAUUAACCACUCAUGGGAUGAAUUUCUAGUAUUAAAAAAGUAGCUUCUAUAAUCUGUCAUAGUUUAUUACAGUUUUAAGCAGUGAAAUAAAAUGAAUAACCUAAUGAUAAAAUCUUACCAAUACAUAGAUGAGAAAGAAUUAUGGAAAGCCCAAGGACAGAAAAAGGUAUCAACAGCAAGUAUAAUAUGACACUUGGUUCUUUCUCAAAUCCUUGCUGGAACACAGAACAGAACGUUUCUUGCAGUUUUUCUGUGGUGAAAACGCCAUUUCCAAGAUGACCUUCAGCAGGUUUAACCUUCCCAGCUCAAGCAUGGAGCUAAAAGGAGCUUUAUGCACCAUCUUCCCACAUACUAAAAUAACCAACAGGCAUCAGCUUGACAUUUUUCUCUCCACUCUAGAAAAGUCAUUUUUUUCUUUUUUUUUCACUUUUAUUAUCACGUAUAACACAUGGCAUUAAACAAAAUAUUUAAAAUAUACAUUAAAAAAAGCAACAGUAAUCCAGGAUUUUUCUAGAGAAUCUUUUAAAAAUAGUUUUAUCAUACUGUAAUUCAAUUUUAUAUCCAUCUUUCACAAUUCAUUUUUAUAAUACAAUUUUCACUUAACAUAUUAGUUUUGUUCUCCUAUUUACAUGAUAUUUAAGUUUAUAUCAUGGCUGAAUAAUAUUUAAUCAAAUGGGCAUUUA